GUUCCUUACCUCGCCCCCAACACACACAAACACAUACAACCCUAUCAGAUCAUCCCCUCCAUCGGUCACUCUCUGGAUCUCUAGGUUACUUUUGAUUUCCAAACAAACAACCGGAUCCUUCACCCCCGUCGCACCACCGGUCCACCACAGCCAGAUCUACUUCGAGAUCUCGUCAUCACUGCUACCAAUCCCGGUUUUUCUCGGUUGGAUCAUCCCGAGCUAUUAAUCUAAAAAGAAGCAGAAAGAAACUAAUUGAUGGCAUUUGAUUUCUUAAUCAUCGAUCAAUCUGUCAUAUUUUCGACCAUGAUUUUUCCGUUUAAUAAAACCCGCGUAAACCAUGGUGGAGGAUAACAUGGGGCUGCAAAGCGGCGCCCUAAGCAAGGGAAAGGGGAAGGGGCCCUGCCGGAACUUAAAUCUCGAGGCCGAGUUCGCCAAAAGAGGUCGUUUGUCGAUAGACUUUGACACCCGCAAUUUAAAAACGUGGCAGGCGAUGGGCCUAAACUAUAGCAUGUACAAGAGCCUCAUUGGCACACUGGUCCGCCACAUCCCUCAGACCUACGACUGCUGGGACCAUGUGCCUACUCGGUUCAAAUUGGACCACUUCAUUCAUAUUCCUAACCCCGAGGAUCCUAUCAAACAGGGAUUCAAGCUGUGUGUCGAUAGGGACUGCUCAGUAUCGGCUCUGAAAGAGCCAGUUCAAGAGUUCCCCAGUUGGAACAAGCUGUUCCCCAGAGGGUAUGUCGCAGGAGGACUGGAGAGCUUUGUUGGGGUAUUACCAGAGGGAGGACUGGGUCAAGAAGUCGGAGACAAACAGCACGAACAGGGGCAAGCACGUUCUUGCGGGGACCCAUGGUCGUAAGUCUUACUCUGAGUACGUUACCAGGAGAAGGUUGAAAAUAACAAGGACGUGGACUUGGUGGAUUUGUUCGACAUUGAACAUUUGGUUAGCUUGUAAACCUGAGUCAAUUUAACAUUUGGUUAGCUUGUGUGGAUAUAUGUGAUUUACCAAAAAUUAAAAAAUAAAAAACUUCAUGUGCACUUCA